AUGCCUCCGCUGUCCGCCGCGGAGACAGAGAUUGACACCAUCAUCAUCGGAAACGGGCCCUCUUCCAUGAUACUGUCCUACAUCCUUCACGGCCACAUUCCUUAUUACAAAGCUGAUCCGCCGCACCCUGAUCCGCUGCUGCACGCCAAGCUGCGAGAAUCCUCUCCCUGCCUGCUUCGCCAUGACCUCGACACCCUGACGCACCAUUUCGCUGCUUCGCGCCUGUCGUAUUCAACCCAGGCUUUGCCCAUCAAUGUUUUGCUGGACACCCUUCUGCGCCCUGACGGCGAGACGGAUGAUCUGGGCGAGGUGACAAAUCUUGAAUGGCGGCACAAGCCUCAUCGUGCUGUACCGCACUUGGUCAUCGGCAAUGCCUCCAGUCCCGGGGGCCUCUGGGCUGUCGAUGACCCUGUGCCCGUGAGCUGGGAUAUCGGUACCUUGAGCUAUGCUGGCAUGCUCUCGUUGCCUGGAUAUACCUUUGCCGAUCACUAUCGCAAAACCAAAAAGACUGAACUCGCGCCGUUCACCCGUCCAAGCCGGAAGGAAUUGGCAGAGUACCUGCGCAUAUACCCCAAAGAAGCUGGAAUUAGCGACUCCUUUGUAAACGGUACCAUGCUGGACGGCAUAGAGCGCACUGGCGACGGCUUUUACAUACGGUCUCAUCGCCUUCGAUGUAAACAUCUUGUGCUGGCCACCGGUAUAUUCUCACACACAAUUAAACCACCAUCAGUCCUAAUGCCUUUAACCACUCUACAACAAAAUCCCAAGUCAUCCAAGGCACCAUUACUGGUCAUUGGAUCGGGGUUUACUGCCGCAGAUGCCAUCAUAUCCGCGCCGCCCAAUCAGCCAAUCCUACAUGUGUUCCGUUGGACUCCCAACGAACGACCGUCACCACUAAGAGCAUGCCAUCAACAAGCAUAUCCCGAGUAUGCUGGAAUAUAUCGCCUGAUGAAACGGGCUGCGCUGGCUACAUUCACUGCCCAAAAAAGACCCAAGGCUCGGCGGCUAGCAUCAACUUCGUUUUUAGAGAGUAGAAAUUGGGACGAAGUCUACGAAGGCAUACCAUAUUCGGAAAUAGAGGACGUCCAGAUGAAAGAUGGCCAGGCGAUUGUAACAUUUCGUCUGCCGAAUGGAAGCACUCUCGACCGUGCAGUGUCUGGUCUGACCUAUGGAGUUGGCCGAAGGGGAUCACUGGAUUAUCUCGAUCCCACGCUGCGCGUCGAAGUUCUCAAGGGUGUAGAACACCCCGAUGAAAGCGAAAUAUCCGCAAAAACAUUACGCAAUAAGGUGAUGGAAGAUCUCGAAGUGGCCCCCGAUGUAUUCGUCAUUGGAAGCCUGACAGGCGACUCGUUGAUUCGGUUCGCUUAUGGUGGCUGUGUGUAUGCUGCCAGCACCCUGAUCACAGAUCUGAGUGUGAGCAGUGGGAUAUGCACCCCUAAACGGCCUGCGGGCACUCCGACAGGGGGCCGUGAAGCCCUUUUGAAUGGAGUAGACGGACACGGCCAACGAGCACAGUUUGAAGAUCACCAGGCGCAAAAGACACUUAGCUGUCGUAGUGAUUUUGAAAGCGAAUGUUCAAGACCACGUAUGAGCGGUUGGUGGACUGCUCUCUACAACGCGCUUUUUCGAUGA